AUGUCUCAACUUCCAUCAUCUGCCCAGAGCAACAUUUCCAUCGAUUUUAACGAUCCUCCAAUCGGCCUUGAACAAUCAUGGCUCGAAGAAAAUAGAGACAGUCGUGAAGGACAUACUCUUCUUAAAUCAUUAAUUAUUGAUCAAAUUAAUCAAAUUCCGGUUGCUAACUUUAAUCUUGUUCUUCAACAGUGCAGAAAUAGAACAAGUGAUGGAGUGAGUUGCCAUCUUUCCCAACAAAUUGAAUUAUACAAACAAGAGAUUGACAAGUUGAUUCAAGAAAAUCAACGUGUUAGUAAACAAUUACACAAGGAGAUGAAACUCCGUCAACAAUACUUUAACGAAUUGCAAUUGUUGAAAGGUGCCAUCAGAAUUUUUGUUAGAGUCAGACCAUUGCUGACACAUGAAAUUCAACAAGGAGACUUUACAGUACUCAGAUUUUCAAAGACAAAUCCACAAACUCUUUUCCUUCCAAAAGUUUUACAAGAAACACAACCAGAAGAUAAGAUUACCAAACAAAGCCAUAGACAAUUCCAAUUUGACAAGGUAUUAGGACCUAAUGUUCAUCAAAAGAUGUAA